AUGUCCACCACGCUGCACCGCAACCCGCCGUUCCGUGCUGAGCACCUCGGCUCGCUCCUGCGUCCCAAGGAUCUCCUCGACAAGAAGGCUGAGGUCCAGGAAGGUAAGGCUCAGGUUGCGGAUCUGAAGCCUCUAGAGGAUGCCGCCAUCAAGGACAUCGUGGCCAAGCAGCAGGAAUGGGGCUACCGCGCUCUGAGCGAUGGCGAAUACCGUCGGCACAUGUUCUGGGGCACCUUUUUCCCUGGUCUGGACGGCAUGAAGGAGGUGCAGCAGCCGUCACUCGACAUGUUCCGCACGUAUGUGCCCGACAUGGCGGCGUUCCUCGAGACGAACCACAUUCCCGGUGAGACGGUCAUCUGCACAGGCAAGAUCAGGCACACCGGCCAGAGCACCUACGUCGACCAGGUUGAGUACCUCAAGACCCUCCUCCCUAAGGAGCGGUGGGGUGAAAUCAAGCUCACACUCGCGGCCCCGAACUGGUACCACCUGCGCUACAGGGAGGGCCAGGCUUACCCGGCCGAUGUCUACAGCAGCGACGAGGAGUACUUCGGCGACAUUGCGAAGGCGUACCAGACUGAGCUAGACAUUCUGUACAAGGCGGGCUUGCGCAACGUGCAGUACGAUGACCCGAACCUGGCUUACUUCUGCUCGGAGAAGAUGCUUAAGGGGUGGGAGGAGGAUAAGCGGAACAAGUACACGGCGGACGAGCUGCUCGAUGUGUACAUCAAGCUGUACAACGACUGCAUUGCCAAAGUGCCGGCCGACAUGCACGUUGGCAUCCACCUGUGCAGAGGCAACUUCAUCGGCUCGCGCCACUUCGCCGAGGGCGCGUACGACCGGAUCGCGAGCAAGCUCUUCCGCGACCUGAACAUGCAGACGUACUACCUCGAGUACGACACGCCGCGGGCGGGCGGCUUCGCGCCGCUGGCGGAGCUGCCGGUCGACAAGAACGUCAUCCUCGGCAUCGUGACGUCCAAGUUCCCGGAGCUGGAGGACAAGGAGGAGAUGAAGCGCCGCAUCUACGAGGCCGCCGACAUCAUGGCCAAGGGCGCCGGCCAGACGCGCGACGAGGCGCUGAACCGCAUCGGCGUCAGCCCCCAGUGCGGCUUCGCCAGCCACGCGUGCGGCAACCUGAUCGACCACGACGGCAUGGCGAAGAAGCUGCUGCUGGUCAGGCAGAUUGCGGACGACGUGUGGCCCGGCCAGCCGUGA